GUCCAGCUCCUCACUUGCCUUUGCUCUCUUGGAACAGAGUUCUUCAACUGUCUCCAUCAGUCCUCGACAGAAACAACUCUAAUCUGGUCAAAAUGAUCAAGGCUGCUCUGUCUCUGCUCCUGGUCCUGAUGGCUGUGUGCGCCACCACCGGCAAAUACAUGCCCAAAUCCGGGAGGCGGGUGCCCCAGACUCUGUCCAGAGGGUGGGGUGACCAACUGGUCUGGGCUCAGACGUAUGAGGAGGCCCUGUACUGGUCCAGGUCCAGGAACAAGCCUCUGAUGGUCCUCUUCCACUUAGAAGACUGCCCACACAGCCAAGCUCUGAAGAAGGUGUUUGCUGAGGACAACGAGCUGCAGAAAAUUCUGGAUGAAGACUUUGUCGUCAUCAACUUGAUGUAUGAAACCACCGACAAACAUCUGUCUCCUGAUGGUCAGUACGUUCCCAGGAUCAUCUUUGUUGACCCAGCCAUGACUGUCAGGGCUGACAUUGUGGGUCGCUAUGCCAACCGGAUGUACGCCUAUGAGCCGACUGACAUCAAACUCUUGAUCAGCAACAUGCAGAAGGCAAAGAAGCUGCUCAAGUCUGAGCUGUAAACUCCACCAUGACAGAAAUUCAACUCAUUCUUCCCAUCUCCUGUUAUUACUGCUGUCCAUGUCAAGUG